AUGGACGCGAGAUCAACAUCGGAUCUACCCGACGCCAUCUUCGAGAACGGCCACUUUGGCGCGGUUUCUCACCCGUAUACCGCUCCUCUUUCUUCAUGGGCUCACGAGCUUCGUCGUCGGGCAAGAAAUCUCGCCAAAGAAAAUGACCCUCAGGUCUGCUGGAGAGAGGGCUUUGAAUGUGCGAGAUAUUCCAGUUCGCGCUUGUGCCCCGUCUUGAGCACUCUCGAGCCUUCAGCCUGGUACCAUCACUUUGAAAGGCAGCUGCAGAAUGCCUACAACAACGAUGCUAAGAGCUUCCAAACAAGGAGACUGAGGGCGCCCGCCGAGGCUCGAAGUGGCCGUCGCCCACAUACCCGCGGUGCAUACUCGCCCAAGGACCUCGAUAACGCCGUUGCUCUGGCCCGCAGUGGUAUUCCUCUGCCGGGUGAACGCAACCACUACCGCAGACCCUCACUUGAGCGUCAAGAAGCCUUUUAUGAUUCCUCUACAUCCAAAGUCUCAAUACGACGAUGCACUGCUUCCGAGGACGCUCAAGUUGCCGAACUCUAUCACCGGGGUAUUCUCUACAACAGUAGCGAGGAUGUCAAGAACACGCUCGAUCUCAACAGCAUUUCCCAUAGCGAGCCAACCUACAUUAUCCGUCCGGCUAAGCGAGCACGCAAGAAUGCCAAGAACAUGAUCGAUAAUGGCGGCAUGUACUCUUUAGAGUGGCCUUUGCAUCUCGAUCUCCCCUUUUCCGACAUUGGGAACGACGAGGCUAUUGCGCGCUUCAGCUCUCCAACUCAACAGGUUUCUCCAGAAGGGAUGAUGUUACAUGCAUCUUCUCAUGACUCGGCGAAUUCUGCGAACCCUCCUCUCCGGGUCAUUUACGAACUGGCCGGCUCGCAGGGCUCUGUCGACAUUGACGCGUCGCAGCCUCCUGAUCUGAUGCCAGAUUGUGAUGAAUACGAUGUCGUGAAUGAGAGCGAAUUUCACGAUACACCCGAGAGUUCUCAAAACUCUGUUGCCGAUCCAUCAUUGGCUGCUUGGGUCGUGGUAGGCGACGACUUGUAA